AUGCAUGUUAGCAAGUUGAUGGAGGAGCACAAAAAAGACCAGGAACAAUAUGGGUGUACGCUAAUGAGCGAUGGGUGGACUGAUAGGAAAAAUAGAACAUUGAUGGAGCUUUUGGUGAAUUCUCCGAGGGGGACCAUGUUUCUGAAAUCUAUGGAUGCGUCUGGAAUUGUAAAGGAUGCAGAAAUGAUAUAUGAAUUGCUUGAUGGGUGGGUGGAGCAUAUUGGAGAAGCAAACGUGAUUCAAGUUAUUACGGAUAGUGCCGCGGCAAAUGUGGCGGCAGGGAGGUUGUUGGAGGCAAACCGGCCUCACUUGUUUUAGUCUCCAUGUGCUGCCCAUUGUUUGGACUUGAUGUUAGAAGACAUUUUCAAGUUUCCAAAUUUGAAGACAACUUGGGAAAGGGCAAUAAUGAUGCAUG